GAUGAUUUAAUUUCCUCCUAUCAUUUUCAGUCAAUCGCGCGAUCCACCGAGCAAUAUUCCACAGGCAUGCCACACACGCCGUCGUCCACACUCCUUAUUUUUUCUUCCUCUUAUCAUUUCAUAUUCAUCCCCAACCUAUCCUCCACACCAUCCUUGUAAUCCCCGGUUUGUACACCCCCACCACCCGAUGCUAACGUGUCGCAACACGCAGCAGCACGCCCGCGAACCCCCUCCAUCAUCAGUCUCGGUGGUGUGCGUGCGCUGUCUGUCCAUCCUCUUACGAUGAACAUUACCAAGCACGUCAAUAAUCUCCUGUGGCCCGAAUGGUUCUGGCUCCCGGAGGGCUACAACUGGACGGUCUUCAGUUCCACCCGCGAGCAGAACUAUCCCGAUUUCCACUGGAUCUACUUCCCCAUUCCCCUGUCCCUGCUGGUCUUCGGUGUGCGGAUUGUCUUUGAGAAGUAUGUGUGCAGUCCCAUCGGGCGCAGUAUCGGGAUCAGUGAUCGGCGACCCCGGGCGCCUCUCGACAAUCCUGUCCUGGAGGCUGUCUUCCGCAAGAAGAAACGCAUACCCCCGACCGAGGUUAUACAGGAUUUAAGCAAGCGUGUGGAUUUAACAUCGCGUCAAGUGGAACGCUGGUUUCGCCAGCGGAAGGCCGCGGACAGCCAGAGUCAGCUGCAAAAGUUCAACGAAACCGGAUGGAGGUUUUUCUACUACACAUCCGCUAUGCUGUACGGAUUCUGGGUGCUGUACGAUAAACCGUGGUUUUACGAGACGAAACAGUGUUGGCUCGGGUAUCCCUAUCAUCCCAUCGAUAACGAUGUCUUCUGGUAUUACAUGAUCCCCAUGUCCUUCUAUUGGUCGCUUCUCAUCUCGCAGUUUUUUGAUGUGAAGAGAAAGGAUUUUUGGCAAAUGUUCGCCCACCACGUAACCACCAUCCUGCUGCUGGUGCUGUCCUGGGUGGACAAUCUGACGCGGGUGGGCACCCUCGUGCUUCUCAUCCACGAUGUGGCUGACGUCUUCCUGGAAGCUGCCAAAUUGGCUCGUUACGCCAAUCGGCCGCGAUUAUGUGAUGCCUUGUUCGGCGUGUUCGCCAUUGUCUGGAUCGUCACGCGCCUUGUUAUUUAUCCAUACGCGGUGGUGUAUAGCGCCGCGUUCGAGGGCUGCCAGUCCGUGGGCUUCUGCUUCCCGGCGUACUGGGUGUUCAACAGUCUGCUGAUUAUGCUGCAAGUCCUGCACUUCAUCUGGACCUGGUACAUUCUCCGCAUCGCCAUCAACAGUCUCCGCACCGGCAAGACGGACGACGCCCGCAGUGAUACCGACGAGGAUCUGGAGCUGGACGACGCCGGCGACACCACCGCGUCCCUGACCAACAAUCACACCGCCGACAAGGGCGGUCGCCCGGCCCGCAACGGCGUGGUCAAGACGAAGGCGCGGCGGGAAGAAUAAAUAAUAAAUACAAUCGGGAAAAACCGACGGCACUUGUGAUUGAAUUGGCCUGGAACGGCGUUGAUCCGCGGCAUGGAUGUGUUUCAGUGUGGAUAGAUUUGUACUGUUUUCCCCCCAUAUUUAAUCCAUUUAACCUGGGCUUUGUGCGCGUUUCUCUGUUUGGGCUAAAAAGCGGUUUGUGUGCGUUGUUAAUUGAUUUCUUUCUCUUUUUACAGAGCGGUUUUAUCUGGGCGAUUUUUUAGCUGAUUUUAUUUUGAUUAAUUUGUUUAUUUUUAACCUGUUUUCGGUAUGUGGGUGUGUGUGGUGAUUUUAUGGAGAUCUAUUGGUUUUUAAUUUUGGUUUUACUAAUUUUAUUCGUCGCCGUUUGGGAUGCAGCGGAGUUCGGUUUAUUUUACCUGUGUAACUGAAUUUAAUAAAAAAAAUACACGAUGAAUGAUAAUAAAAUGUCCGAAUAUUAAAA